CAAUACUUAUAAAGCUGUCAGGCAGACCUAUACAGUGUUCUGACGACAUUGAGAAACAAGGAGGUCAUCCAUCAAUUUUUCAGACUGGACAAGAAGUAGAUCCCAAUAACCAACAACCUUCUGAGUCUCUACAGACUGAUGCAGAACUUGCCACUCAGGCACCAAGAAUGAGAGGCAACCAGAUGAAUACAGCAAGCAACAGACCUGAGAGUCCUGACAUCGUUAAAAUAGAGACGAAAGGGUGCAGAAUUGAAGCUACAGGACUAGCAAGAGCACUAAAACCUGGUGCAAUGCUUCAGGUAGGAGGCGAGACAAACACAACAAUAAUCAAAGGAGGAUCAGUUGGUCAUACAAGAUCUCAUGUUAAAAACAAAAAGCCACUUACACGCAGUCAGCGCCAUCCUACACAGAAAGAGCUUGACAUGUUGUGUGAAAACUUAAACAGGGAGUGGAAGAAUCUUGGCCGGUGUCUUAAUUUAGAUGAUCCUCAGUUGGAUCAUAUUGGAGAGGAUUACAGAGGGGAUGGUCAGCAUGAAAUAAACUAUCGUGUCUUGAAGAAAUGGAAAGAAACAUUUCCUGAAUGUUAUACAAUAGCUGUAUUAGCAAAUGCACUAAAAGAAAUUGGACGAGGAGAUUUAGCAGAUGAAUUGCAGUAACAACAGGGAUCAGUGUGAGAGAAUGGACAUGUCUUUAAAAACAGGGAAGCUGAGGGGUAAGGGACAUUUCUACUGUGAGGCCUUGUAUCCAUUUGUCACCUUUUACACACACUUUAAUUUGUUUUCCAUGUCAGCAUGCUUUUGUACACCCCAUAUGCAUCUGCCAUCACUCCAGCAUGAUAAACAUGGCUGUGAAGACAAGAUCACAAUUGUCAGGUGAAAACGAGAUCAAUACACAACAUAUAUAACAUAUAGGUGUGUAUGGGCAAAGACUUAACUGAUGGCAUGUGGGUGGAGGGGUAAAAGGAGUAAACUAAUAAUAAAACUAAGAAGACAUGUUCAAUCAGCUUGUUCUGUCUUCUCAGUGACAUCACAAGCUUGUAUCACUGGACUGCUGGCAGACGAUUUUUUCCAGUUAGCUGCUAAAACGAGGCAUUAGACGAUAAAGCUUUUGGUUUAUUCACAUUCUUUGUUUAGGCUCACCAAGACUAACAGUGGAUCAAGUGUUGGUCUUGGCAGACAGCAGUCCUCCUGUACACGUCCAUGGUUACAUUUUUCAUUACCUUAGCUGAUAGCUUGUGGCAUAAGAAUAUUAAAUGUCAGUUAUUGUCACCAACAGGUACAUCUGAAAAACUGCAAUUUAAACUUAACAAGUGAUUGAAUCAUUAUAUCCAGUUCCAACAAAGAAAGGAGGAGAGGGAGGGAAAGAUAAUAGGGGGGAAAAAAGGUGACCUACAGGAGUAAACUUUCAAAUUAUUGUGGCCUUAGGGUUUGUAGUCUGUAGAAUUUGUAUCUGGCUUCCCAUGUGCACUGGUUUGGCAGUGCUGGUUUCAUGGAUUGCUUUACUUUUCAAAAUACUUUUUUUAACUUGGCUUUGUCUGUUGCUGAGAAAUCAAGAUACAACCCAUUAAAAAAUAUGACUUAACCCCAUUCCUUGAUUUUCGAGGGGUUUCAAAUUCAGUAGAUUUUAAAACAGACUGCCUCAGUCUGACUGUUUACAUAUAUUGUGCAGAAAUCACAUAAAAUAACUUUACAUUAUGAAAGA